CGUCUCUUCGCUUCGUUGUGCCUAAAAACUCGGCUCGAGCGCAACUGUUGUCAAAAUCUCGAGUGCGAGAGCAGCCAGGGGCAUCGUAAUCGCAAAUAUUCAUUCAAAUAAUCGUUUUUUCGCGGGGCUUUGAACCUUAAAAUCUGAAUGGAAAUGACGCACUUGCACGAGACACCAGUAAGUACCCAAUGUAAUUAAGUAAAGUUGCGUAUCUACGACAAUUCAGAAGAUGAAGCGAUCUCGUGAUGAGGCAUUUGCCUUUGCGCCAAAAACGCGCCCGGUACUCGAAAGCCUGGCUCCCAAGCGCCCCUUACCGCUGUCCAAAGUGGUUGCACGAGCGGACGAGCUGCUGCGUAGCUACCUGGGACACCCCACGGAUUUCAUAAUCGCCGGCUCAUACCCGGCGGCUGUUGAAAUAGACCGCGAGACCCGGACGGAGAAACAGACUCCGUACAACGACAUCGACGUCUACUACGCAGGGUCGUUUUUCGAGGACUGGCAGAAGGGCGACCCGCUGAAGCCGCGAGUUUUGGACUGCGCGAGCCACGCCGUGACCAUCGACGGCGAAGAAGUGGAGCUGAGCUUGAUACGCUACGCCCAUUGCGAUUUGGAGCAGUUGGUCGAGGCCUUCGAUAUCAAUUGCAUCCGGGUGGGUUACAAGAUCCAGCAGGACUACCAGCAUAUCGACGCCACUGUGUACAAAAUCAGGCCAGUAGUCCGGGAAACCUACCGGGCAGCAGACUUCGAGUCUUGGCUGAAGGCUAUGCGCUGUGCGGUUACGGACCCCAACGCGGCCGGCACGGAAUUGCGCAUGGUGCCGCUGGAGGACAUGCUGUACACUAACCCCUGCGCUUCGUUCAUCCGCGUGAUCAAGAAGGCCGGGCAGCUGUGUCUUCCCUACGUCCUCCCAGACCUGAAGGCGCUGGCGGCGAAGCUUCACAUGCGGAUAAUCGGCAAGGAAAAUUUUGAGAAGUUUAAGAAGCUCCCCGCAAAGGAGCAAAGGUGGAUCCGGAACCUUUUCCACAUCAAGAAGCUGCCGACUUGGGUCCCGAAUAGAAAGAGCCGGCACCUUAACAAAUGCAAAUGGGUCUGGGCCUGGAAGAUUGCGAGACUUGUCAUGUCUGUCUGGCAUGACGUUGCGCUCUGUGUUGUGUGGCCUCGGAGGCUUCUUUUGUCUGUCAUGCAAAAACGCAGUUUCUCAUGCGGAAUAGACGACACAGAGACACGAAAAAAUCUGUCAACAUGCUUGUCAGCGCAGUGCAGUGCUCUUAUUGUUCAUGCAUGAUCUUCACAACUUUCCAAACCCAGACUGCAUAUUGCAAUGCAUACACUCCCGCGAGUUUAGCAUGAUCGACCGGCUGUUUUCCAUGCGGCUGGUCACGGAAAUGAAUGCAAAGCAAUUCGGUGCGUGGCUCACGAAGGAGCGCGUGGAGAUCUGGCGGCUGGAAAGCGUAGACGCGGAUGUGCAGGCGGACUGGACGGAAAAGGAGAUCGCGAAGCUAGACACUGCUGCGGAGGGCUACGGAACGAAAAAGGCGAUGCUCGAGGACCCCGCCGGUCGAGCUGCUAAAAAUUACGAGCACGCAUACAGCGAAGCGCUGCGCAUCUGCCGGACGAAUUCCUUUGCCACCGUCCGCGAGAAGUGGCUCAGUGAGUACGCGCUCUACGCCAGCAAGGAAUUCCGAAACCAAGUGGAGCCGUUGCUGAGCGCGGAGCAGCAAGUCCGGCUGCGUGCGAUUCUGGAAGAGCGGGUGACGCGCACGGACGCUGGCGCGCAUUCGUCGCCACUGGCUGAGUUAGUGGAUGAAACGCAAGUGGGCAUUCAUACAUACUUGCUUUACAUACUGUAGUAGAUUCUCAUUCCGAUUCUCGUCGUGCUCGAUCCCGCAAUGAUAAAAAGUAACAGUCAAAUAGGAAGUGGAGUGCCAAUGUCAAGGAUAAGUGACGGAAGAAACAGAAACUAUGUGUGAGUUGUUUCGACGAGCUACAUCUCUUAUUCUUGUUUUGUCUAUAGUGAGACGUCAAAUGCUGUGCUAAUGCUCAACAAUGCUGUGCUAAUGCUCAAAAAUACUGUGUAUCGACCAUGCAAAU